ACUAUAUAAAAUGGGUCUAUUUGCUUUUGUGCUACUAAGGGAUUAACAUAGUUUGAUAAUUAGCCAAACCAGAUGUGUUUUUAUUGUAUUUUACAUAUAAUAGGCCAUGUGAAGGACAAAGUCACAAUUUCUUUAUCAUUGUAAAGUGCAGUCUGGACUGUCAGGAGGCAGAUAUCUAUCGAACUAGUGUGAUUAGUGGAUGCAUCAGACUGAUCAUAAAAGAGCGAAGAGUUGUGUAUUCCAGCGAAAAAAAAAUCUGUAAAUCCUAAAGCUACAAGAAUUUUUUCCCCCACCCACAGGCAUACUCCAAAUACCCAUUACUCAAGGCAACGACGGUCUACCUGUAGAGCGGGCUAAAUCUCUGCGUAAAACGAAUUAACCCAAGACAAAUCUACAGAAAAAGAAAAGUGAUUUAUGAACAAAGGCACAAACAACGGAUUAACAUUUGUUAAGUUGAUCCAAUAAUCAAGCUAAAGAAAGCUCAUUCUAAAAAGGGGGCUGUCAACAUCCAGCCCCAAUCAUGGAUUGGAAGACCUUCCAAGCCCUCCUGAGUGGGGUGAAUAAGUACUCCACUGCGUUCGGUCGUAUCUGGCUCUCUGUGGUGUUUGUGUUCAGGGUAAUGGUGUACGUGGUGGCGGCGGAACGCGUGUGGGGCGAUGAGCAGAAGGACUUUGACUGCAACACCAAGCAGCCCGGCUGUGCUAACGUCUGCUAUGACCACUACUUCCCCAUCUCCCACAUCCGCCUGUGGGCCCUGCAGCUCAUCUUCGUCACCUGCCCCUCCUUGAUGGUGGUGAUGCAUGUGGCAUAUCGCGAUGAACGUGAGCGGAAGUACCACGCCAAGCAUGGCAACAAGACCAAGCUGUACGAGAACACAGGCAAAAAGCACGGCGGCCUCUGGUGGACCUACCUGAUCAGCCUCUUCGUCAAGACAGGCAUCGAGAUCUCCUUCCUCUACAUCCUCCACAAAAUCUAUGACAGCUUCUACUUGCCCAGGCUGGUCAAGUGUGAGGUCAGCCCCUGCCCCAAUCAGGUGGACUGCUACAUCGGCCACCCCACAGAGAAGAAGGUCUUCACCUACUUCAUGGUGGGCGCCUCGGCCCUCUGCAUCGUGCUCAACGUCUGUGAGAUCAUCUACCUCGUCUCCAAGCGUGUCGCUCGCAUGGCACAAAAGAUGAAGAGAAGAGCGCGCACCUUGGCCUUGCAUGAACGGUACAACAAGGAGAAUUCCUGCAGCGACUGCAGCACUCUACCUAUGUCUCGGCUGGAGAAACAAUCCUUAAAGCCCCAGUUUCCAGGCCACCUUCAAGCCACCUUACCGGCUCACAUGCAUGCGUCUGCCCCUAAUCUGUCCUAGAGUGGAUGUCCACUCUAUCCCAAGACUGAACCAAACAUGGAGGCCUAUGGAGCCAGGCCUCACCUCAUUGUUCAAGCCUGUUCAAGCUGGUCCUCCUGUAAGACUUUGUAUGAGAGACAGACUUUUCUCAAAGUCUCUACUGCCCUAGCUAUUACUGCCUUAUACUGCCAUGGAGCAAGGCUUUGUAUUGAUGUCCAUGACCCUGGGACUAGACAACCCUGUCGUGAGCCACAUUCCAUUUUAUACAACUAAACUCCUACUGCCAGACUGAAUGACCAACCCUUCCAACCCAUUUCCCUUUACUAUCAAUGUUUCCCUUUCAAUGCAACAUAGCGAAACAAAAUGUACUAUGCAAGAGUUAGCAUGCAAAACUACUGUCACUAUGGAAUACAUUUUUUGCAGGCAAAACGCAUCGGAGUAGGAUUCUAUUGCAUUGACACGCACGACUCAGACCGUACUCUACACAGACUGGUGUAGCAUAACCAAUCAGAGCUGCAGUAGGCCUAUUUAAGAAAUUAGGCCCACGGGGGUGUGGUUUAUGGCCAAUAUACAUCGUGCAUAAGAAGGGCUGUUCUUACGCACGACGCAAUGCGGAGUGCCUGGACACAGUCCUUAGCCGUGAUAUAUUUGCCAUAUACCACAAACCCCCGAAGUGCCUUAUUGCUAUUAUAAACUGGUUACCAAUGUAAUUAGAACAGUCUGAUGUACCACAGCUUUCAGCCAGUCAGCAUUCAGGGCUCGAACCACCCAGUUUAUAAAUGCAAAUUGAUCAUUGCCAUAUAUGGAUCUGUGCCAUUCGCUUUGAACUUGACUGUGUUUACAGCAUGAGCGGUCGUGAGUAGAUGCACUUUUUUAUUUAUCAAAGCAAGAGCUGCAUGUAGCCACAUGUGCACAUUUUGUUCAUAUCCUUUGCUAGUUAGUGAGUUAUUAGCCCAGUUAUAAAUAAUAAUAAUUUGUAGUCAGCAAUGGGGGAGUGAUUGCUUCAUACAAGAGCACAAAACGUGUACAUUUCUUUGAAAAUGCGAGUUGAGUAUGAGCUUUUUUUUUGUCUUAAAGGGGCAGUGUUGUAUUUUGAGACAGGUUUGACUAAGCGAAGUAGCCAAUAGGCAGCAGAGGGUAACAUAAUUUGUCAUAUUCUCUGAAAUAAUGUUUUGGGAAUAAUACUGCAUGUUAUUUUGUAAAGUGGUUUCUUACCUCAAACAAUACAAUUACCUUUUCAGUCACCUCCUUGUCUGAAGGACAAGGUAAUUUUUUAAAUGGUAGGCCACUCUGGUAGACCUACAUUAUGAUCAAAUAGCCACAGUAGCCUUCUUGACCACCGUCUGAACCUGUAACUUAAAGCGCUCAGCAGACCUGAAAUUUGCUCUGUGCCAAAAAAUAUUUGAGGGAACAUAAGCUAAGAGGUGGGAGGGCGAAGAGUGAAAUGCUCACAGGGAACUAUUUUGUCAGUGACAAGCAUCUAUUCAAGACACACCUGGCAGAGGUAUUCACCCACAUCACCGAUACUUUGGAGGUGUGCUAAGGAGCUCUAGAAACAGGGACUACUAGAAAGAAAAUGCAUUUCAGAGAUUUGCUUAUUAAUUACUGAAAUGUGUUGUUACUUGCCUCAAAGACAUUUGUAUACUCUCUGUUUUAUGACUUCAAUAUGAGACAACAGAAUGAUAACAAAUAUCUUUGCUUUGACAGUGUUGGUGCAAGAUUAGUCUAAACUGGACAGUGGCUUACCACUACUUGGCGAUGGUGCAACAUAAUUAAUCAUUUAUUUUGUUUGAUUUAAAGCAUGCAUUCUAAUAGAAGCUCCUCAAUCAUUUAAUCACUUUUGAAAUUGUUUUUACUCUAUUACAAGACUACAUCUGCAUGGUUCCUCUCAUAUUUAUGUUGUAAUGCCACAACAGAUUGUCUGUGUUUGUACAUGCUUGUACACAAACGUUCCUCAUCCAAGGCCUAUGUUGAUUCAAAUGAGAGACAAGGAAUGCUGCUGUUUAAUUUAUCAAGUCCACGUAUGCAAGUAAAUGCUGGCAUCUUGGAAAGCUGGAGCACAAAAUCUGACUACAGAGAAAAGUGGAUAAAACAGUGUUUCUCAGUGAACAAUGGUGUGGACACCUGAUAGCCUCACAUUGUCAGGAACAGAACCUUCACAAUCAGCUUCAAACUUCUGUUUUGUACAUUAUUUUUUUAUAAAUAAAAUAUGAACAUUUAUUUUA